GGCCUGCCCACUGGAAGGAGGUUUUUCCUGUCGCUAAUGGAGACCGUCAGUCACCCAUCGACAUCAAAACUGAGGAAACCAAGUAUGAUCCCUCCCUCCGUCCUCUAAAUCCCAGUUAUGAUCCGGCUUCUGCUAAAAUCAUCCUUAACAAUGGGCACUCCACCAGUGUGGAGUUCGAUGACACCGUCAACAAAUCAGUGCUGACUGGGGGACCACUCAGCGGGACCUACAGGCUGCGCCAGAUUCACUUCCAUUGGGGGUCCAACGAUGAAGCUGGCUCUGAGCAUGCAGUGGAUGGGAUGAAGUAUGCAGCAGAGCUUCAUGUGGUCCACUGGAAUGCAGAGAAGUAUUCCAGUUUUGUUGAGGCAGCUCGUCAGUCAGACGGAUUAGCAGUCAUGGCUGUAUUUCUGAAGAUUGGUGAAUGCAACCCUCAACUGAAGAAGAUUACUGACCGCUUGGACACCAUCAGAAUCAAGGGUAAAAAAGCACUAUUCACAAACUUUGACCCUAGCUGUCUGCUUCCCAAGUCCCUGGACUACUGGACUUACUUUGGCUCUCUCACUGUUCCACCUCUUCUUGAGAGUGUCAUCUGGAUUGUUCUGAGAGAGCCCAUAAGUGUUUGUUCUGAACAGACAGCCAUGUAUAACAGCCUCCUGAGCACUGCUGAGGAUGAGGUCGCCUGCUGCUUGCUGAGAAACUACAGACCUCCCCAGCCCCUGAGGGGACGAGAAGUCAGAAGGAAUUAA